UCCCCGACGACCUGCCGGAGAAUCAGCCAUGGCGGAAGACGAACAAACCCGACCGAAAUCAAGGCGGAAAGACCUGGGAAUCUCGUGCAUGCUCAACACGGAGGUCGGCGCCCUGCUCGCCGUCAUCCGCCGGGGGCCGGAAUCGAGUCCGGGCUUCUACCACCACCCCGACGAUCUCUGCGACGCCACAUUGCUGCAGUCCCUCAGAUCCCUCAGAGCCCUGCUCUUCAAUCCGCAGCAGGAAUGGCGGAUGCUCGAUCCAUCGGUUUACAUCACGCCUUUCCUCGAUGUCGUACAGAGCGACGACAUCCCCGCCGCCGCUACCAGCGUCGCGCUCCAGGCAAUCCUUAAGAUCCUCCGCCUAGGAAUAUUCGAUAAGAAGACCCCCGGCGCUAAGGACGCCAUUAACACCGUCGUCACCGCCAUCACCGGCUGCCGCCUGGAGAAAACCAAUCCGGUGGCGGAGGAGGCCAUAAUGAUGAGGAUUUUGCAGGUCCUCACCGCCGUCAUGAGGCACCCGGCGUCGGUUUUGCUCACCGACCAUUCCACCUGCACCGUCGUCAACACCUGCUUCCAGGUGGUCCAGCAGUCGGCAACCCGCGGCGAUCUGCUGCAGCGUAGUGCUAGGUACACGAUGCACGAGCUUAUCCAGAUCAUAUUCUCGCGGCUGCCGGAGAUUGAAGUUAGGGAUUCGGAGGACGGCGAGUCGGAUUCCGACGACAACGAGUUGGAUUCAGGGUACGGAAUCCGAUCCGCCGUCGACAUCUUCCAUUUCCUCUGCUCUCUUCUGAACGUCGUCGGCGUGAUGGAGAAUGAAGGCGUGACGAUUCAAGUAGCCGACGAGAACAUCCAGGUCUUCGCGCUCUACCUCAUCAAUUCCGCCAUGGAAUUGAGCGGUGACAGCAUGGGCAAACACUCCAAACUCCUGCGGAUGAUCCAGGACGAUCUGUUCCACCAUCUCAUCCACUACGGCACCUGCUGCAGCCCUCUGGUUCUGUCCAUGAUCUGCAGCACUGUUCUCAACAUCUACCACUUCCUUCGCAGCUCCAUGCGCGUCCAGCUCGAAGCCUUCUUCUCCUACGUGCUGCUCAGAGUCGCAAGUCCGGGAGUCCCCAUCCAGCUCCAGGAAGUCGCCGUCGAAGCCAUCAUCAAUUUCUGCCGCCAGCCAUCCUUCGUCUUGGAAGCCUAUGUAAACUACGACUGCGACACCACUUUCAGAGACGUCUUCGAGGACACCGGCAAGCUCCUCUGCAGAUAUGCAUUCCCCACCGGAGGCAUCCUCACCAGCACACAGGUCCAGGCCUUCGAAGGCCUGUCCCUCAUUCUCCACUACAUCGCCGACAACAUCGACAACGAAGAAGACCACCCGACCCCAAACCCGACCGACCCGUACCCGGUCAACAUUUCGGAUCCCGGAGACCAACCGUUCUGGGAAGAGAAACCCAAGGAAGACGACGAAGAAGCUUGGGUGGAAUACUUGCGAAUCCGUAAAGCACAGAAAAAGAAGAUACUAAUCGCCAGAAGCCAUUACAGUCGGGACGACAAGAAGGGUUUGGAAUACCUGAAAUAUUCCAGGUUGGUGUCGGAUCCGCCCCACCCGAAAGCCUACGCGAGCUUCUUCCGGUACACGCAGAAGCUAGACAAGACGAUGAUCGGAGACUUCCUCGGCGAUCCAGCGGAGUUCAACAUUCAAGUUCUCAAGGAGUUCUCAGAGAUGUUUGACUUCACCGGAAUGGUUGUCUACACGGCGCUGCGGACUUACCUGGAGACUUUCCGGCUGCCGGGAGAGUCUCAGAAGAUUCAAAGGAUUCUGGAAGCGUUCUCCGAGAGAUACUACGACCAGCAAUCGUCGGACAUGUUUGUCAGCAAGGACGCUGUGAUGAUCCUCUGCUAUUCCAUCAUCAUGCUCAACACGGACCAGCACAAUCCGCAGGUGAAGAAGAAGAUGACGGAAGAAGACUUCAUUAGAAACAACAGAGCCAUCAAUGGCGGCAACGAUCUCCCACGGGAAUACCUCUCCGAGAUCUUCCACUCCAUCUCGACCAAUGCGAUCAGCCUCGAUCGGCCCGGCGCCACCACCGAAAUCAAUCCCAACCGUUGGAUCCAACUGGUCAGCCGUGGGAAGGUCAUCCAGCCAUUCAUCUUUUGCAAUUUCGACAGAAGGCUAGGCAGGGACAUGUUCGCCGCCAUCGCCGGCCCCUCUGUUGCAACUGUUGCAUCCAUUUUCGAACAGUCCGACGAAGAGGAGAUCCUCCAUGAAUGCCUUGAAGCUUUGUUUUCGAUCUCCAGGAUAGCUCAAUAUGGAUUGGAAGAUACUCUUGAUGAACUACUCUGUUCUUUCUGCAAAUUCACAACAUUGCUGAACCCGUACGCCUCCACAGAAGAAACACUAUACGCUUUCAGCCACGACAUGAAGCCGAAGAUGGCGAUACUGUCCGUCUUCACCAUUGCAAAUGCUUUCAAGGAUUCGAUCAGAGGCGGUUGGCGAACAAUUAUGGACUGCCUAUUAAAGCUCAAGAAGCUCAAGCUGAUACCGCAAUCCAUCGUAGACCCAGACAGCUAUGCGACUCCAUCAGAAGCCGAAUCAAGCAGUGUAAUUCAAGAUCUAAAAGCAGGACAACAGAAGCGAUACAGCUCGGGGGUGAUGUCGAGAUUCCUCAACUUCAUGUCUGUUGAGAACUUGGAAGAAUCACUGAACCUAGGAUUGAGUGAAUUCGAGCAGAACGUGAAGAUCAUCCAGCAAUGCCGAAUUGGGAGCAUCUUCACCACGAGCUCAACUCUACCGGACGAGUCUCUGCUCAACCUUGGCCGUUGCAUCAUCUUCGCUGCAGCCGGAAAGGUCCAGAAGUUCAGUACCUCAGUUGAGGAAGAAGAAAUCAUGGCCUUCUGUUGGGAGCUCAUCAGCGCGAUUUCUCUCUGCAACGUGCAUAGAUUCUCCUCAUUUUGGCCUCACUACCACGAAUACUUGCUCGAAGUGGUGCAGCUACCGCUUUUCUCCACAAUUCCAUUCACUGAGAAAGCCAUAGUCUCCUUACUAAGGAUCUGCCUUAAGCUUGCAGCUUCGAGUCAAUUAGAGGGAUCCGAAGAACCUUUGUUCAAGUCCAUAAACUUGAUGUGGAGGCUGGAGAAGGAAAUCCUCGACAACUGCUCGGAAUUCCUGCUGCAGUCGGUGAGCAAGAUUAUCACGGACUAUCCAGAUCAGCUGCAGACGCAGCUCGGAUGGAUGUCCGUGCUGCAUCUCCUUUCGGUCACCGGCCGGCAUCCAGAAACCUACGACAUUGGCGUUGAGGUUUUGAUUGCGUUGAUGUCGAAGCUUAACAACAUCACAAGGACAAACUUUUCCUACUGCAUCGACUGCGCGUUUGCGUUCGUCGCCCUCAGGAAUAGCCGAGUCGAUAAGAACAUCAAGAUCAUGGAUCUACUAGCAGAGUCAGCCAGUUUGCUGGUCGAAUGGUACCGAGCUGGAUAUUCGGAUCCAGGAAGCUACCCGAGCAACGUAAGCGGUUCUUCAGUGGAGGAAACGACGAGGAUCUACAAUCCGAUUAGCUUCUUCCAGAGGCUCGGCGAAUCGCUGAAGAAGACGAGCUUAGCCAGGCGUGAAGAGGUGAGAAACCACGCAGUACUGUCUCUGCAAAAGAGCUUCAUGCUAGCAGAGGAUCUUCUAUUCACGCCGAACACGUGCAUCAAUGCAUUUUACAACGUGAUAUUCGCGAUGGUGGACGAUCUGCACGAGAAGAUGCUGCAGUAUUCUCGGAGGGAGAACGCGGAGCGGGAGACGAGGAGCAUGGAGGGGAGUCUGGUGCGGUCGAUGAAAGUGAUGACAGAAGUGUACCUUCAUUUUCUGAAGCCGAUAUCGGGGAGCCCUAAUUUCAGGACGUUCUGGCUGGGGAUACUGAGGAGGAUGGACACGUGCAUGAAGGCGGAUUUGGGGGAAUACGGGGAGUCGAGAAUGUCGGAAGUGAUACCGGAGCUGCUGAGGAAGAUCGUGAGCGCGAUGAAGGAGAAGGAGAUCCUGACGCCGGAGGGAGAGGAUGAUCUGUGGGACACGACUUACUAUCAGAUACAGUGGAUCGUUCCAUCUCUCACCGAUGAGCUCUUCCCUCUCAAGGAUUGACACAAUUCUCUGUCUCUGUCAGUUGAAGGUAUGUGAAUUCUAUUUCUCAAGGAUGUUGUAUGUAUCUAUAUAUAUAUAUAAUGUAUGUAGGUCAUAUGUUCCGCUUGAUCAAAUACUGUUGAAGGGUCGUGGGUUCAAAUAUCCGCCGCUUCAAGUCACUGUGAUUCGCGGUUUACCCAAUGUUCUCGAAUAGCA